AUGUCUCAAGAAAGCAGUAACUCCGUAAGCGAUAUAUCGAUCCCAAUCCUCGCCGAAGAGGUAGAAAAGAAACAAAGCCCGCAGAAGAUUAUGCGUUGGCCCUGUAAUCACCACUGGGGUAGCAGGAAGUGUAACGAAUAUGUCGACUCCUUGGGAGCAAAGUGCCUGGACUGCACGAAUCGCAAGGACAUGGACAGUACGCCAACGCAUACUCGAUUUGCGCAUAUGUACGAUGUGGAGCAAUUUGUUGAAGGGUUUCGCAAUGCAGGACUCAAUGCAGCGUGCGUCGUUGAGAUGAUGAAGGACGGCGCAUCGGAAAAGUCACUGCGUGAAGCAUUAUGCGUGGUUCAGGAGAACGAUGCCGCAUGGGGAUUAGUCGGUACAAAGCAGAGGAAGCAAAAGGCCCUCCAAUAG